AUGGCCUCAAUACACCCGAGUAAAGCGUCCAAGCGCCUCCUCAUCUUCCAAGAAACGCGCGACCCCCAAAGCCCCACCCAGAAUGUCUAUCUCGCCGUCAACAAACUCGGGCUGCCCAUCUGCGGCGCGGGGCCCGAGUUGCCGUCCGUUCUGGAACUGCCGUUGAGGAUUCUCAGGGCGUUUACGGAGAUUUUUAAUCAGCCGAAGUAUAAGGGGUGGGCUAUCGUGGGUGCGGGGCCGUAUCACGAUACCUCGGAGGAAGGGAAGUACUAUGCUGUCGUGCUAGAGCAGAUCCAGCCAAUGGAGUCGGCGGGGGUGAUGGUUCAAGGGUAA